ACAUAAAUAUCUUGUCAAAACUGGCAACAUUGGAUCUAACGACGUUCUUUCGAGUGCGUGCGACAUGACGCGCCGGUGAAUUUUUACAUAAAUUGACGUAAUUUUUAUUCACAUUUACCACAAAUAAGAUUUCACAAUGGCCGAUCAAGUGGAUUCAAUGUCAGAUGCGGAGCUCCGGACAAAACUCGCGGAGCAUGGGUUCCCUGUUAUGCCAAUAACGGCGUCAACAAGGAAGUUGCUGGUCAAGAAGUUGAAACUAGUGCUCGAUAACAAGUCCAAGCCUCGCGGAGGCGGUGACAACAAAGCCGAGAGCAGACGCUCACUCGCGCGGUAUUCGAGCGGAGAAGAGUCUGAUUUGGACACCAACAAUGCUCGCGAGAAACGUGCCGGCCGCCGCGCUACUACCGGCGGCGCCAUGCUGCCGCCCGCCAGCAGCAAGACUCGGCGCGCGACGCCUAAGAAGGAUUCGCCGGUCAAGCAAGAUUCCGACAAAGGUUCCGAGUCUGAUGAAGAGAAAUCGCCUGUACGUACUCAUGAAGAGGUUGAGACGGUGACGACGCGGCGUGUGACGCGCACGUACGCGGCCAAGGACGACGAUUACGAGACUGGCUCGGACAGCGACGUGGACGCGGACCGCAAGACCACCUCGCCCUUCCGAAGCCACUCGCGCUCUAGUGAUCAUAUCUCUAGUACCCUGCCUACUAACGACACCUCUACCAGCCCGCCCAAAUCAUCACUGUUUUCUCGGACAAGUCUACCAAGCUACUCAUCCUCACUCUCAUCAGACCACUUAAAUUCAAUCCGGUCUCGACUAGGCCUGACAUCCACAUUAGGCGACCGCCCCUCCGUAAGCAACUACACUUCCAAUUACACUACAAGUACUUACCAGCCCUCAACUUCUACAAUAGAUGAGGUAGAAUCUCCAUAUUUAAGUAAUUUCACAAAACGCCUGUCUUCCUUAAAAGCGGAACCUUCGAAACCCACUUAUGCUGACCGAGAUAUCAACAAUGGAAGCAGCACACUUUUGCCUCGCAGAUCCUACAUAUCGGGAGUGGCAAGACCUGAUGUGGUAGACUACAAGUCUGCCAAUGACAAAAAAUUCUUGAAAAACAACCUUGUGUCCCUCGCUCUGGUGGUUCUAGUAGUUGUUUUUUUUUUUUGCUUAUUUUUCAUGUAUAUAGUUAAGAGAAAUGAUAUCACUUCAGUGGUCGACGAUCAGAGCAGUGUCCUGCCCAUUUGUCAAUUGAAUAUCCCAGGAAACCGACCCGGCAUAAACUGUGUACCUCGGGAACAAAUCAGUUAUGCUAAAGACUUGUUGAAAGUCAUACAUCCAGAAUUAACUAAGAGAGUCGCUGAUUUUCAAUGUGGGAAGCCUGGUGUUCUCCCUUACUUAACAGAAAGAGAAGUCCUAGAUAUAGCUGCUACAAGAGCCGACACCUCUGACAUCAGUCAGUGCCGCAUGGAUCUAAAUAAUCUAGAGGUAUUGCUUGUGAACAACCCUCGCUGGGGUCUCAGUGUAGUUCAGCUUAAAAAUUUGUAUUCAAAAGAUGCAGAGUUCACUCCGAUAACAUCCACUGAUACAGUGGUGCAACAGCGCAGCAAGGGUAGUGUAGCUCUAACCUUAGCUGACCCAUCCACACCCCUCUCUUGUCUCUUCAUCAACACCCUAUACUCCACUGGAUCGUCUCUUGUGGUAAUUGGACUACUCACAUUACUGGCUCUGGGUUCCCAAAGGGGCUACAAAUACUAUGUUGCAUAUCGCAAAAGGAAGAGUGACGAGAUCUACUCAAUGGUGGAGCAAAUCAUAGAUGUGAUAUCUCAGGAGACUGAAGAUAGUGGAGAACCGUACAUAUCCGUGGACCAUGUGAGAGAUACUCUCAUUCCACCUCAAAAUAGAGAAAAAAUGGCGUCAGUCUGGGAUGCUGCUGUGAAAUUUAUUCAGAGGAAUGAGAGCCGUGUGCGAAUGGAGGUUCAAUCCGUCGAUGGGGAAGACUGCAGGGUGUGGCGCUGGUGUUCCGCUCACAGCAGCCCGAAACGCAGCGCGGCCUGGCAGGGACAGGCAUUCGAGACCCAGGAAGGCUCUGUAAACAACUUGACCGUAUCACCUACACCUUGCCUAAAGAUCCGCCACAUGUUUGACAAAAAUGAUACAAAUGAUAACUUGAGGAUGGUGGUGCAGGAUGCGAUUCUAGAGAAGUGUGGCGAGCGCUGCAAUGUUUUGCAUAUUGAUGUCGACCGGGCUUCAUGCUGCGUCUAUGUGAAGUGUGCGAGCACAAGCGACGCCGGAGUGGUGUACCGCUCGCUGCACGGCUGGUGGUACGAGGGCCGUCUCAUCACCGUGAAGUACCUCCGCCUGGAGCGCUACAUGCAACGCUUCCCUAACUCUCCCUCUGUUGGGCCCUACCUUAAAAUGUCCCGUCCACGCCGCACCUGGGAUGAGUAACUACAAGCAUCAUAACGGACAAACUUUGCGGCUUCGACAUAGAGUACUUUAGUUGCCGCUUAGCGUAUUCUCAUUCGGCCUGAUUAUUUAUAAUUAUAACAACUUGAUUGUACCACGGCUGAUUUUUCCCACUUCACCUAAGCCAAUAUUAAAACUCUGAAGAUGGAAGAAUCGGCCUCAAACUAAUCUAUUAAAGUUUGUGUUAGUUGUACCCAUGUUUAGUAAAUAAACUUACAAAUUGUAUCUUAAGCUAUUUGUUGCAAGAAUUGAUUCUCUGAUGCACUGCCUUUGUAAUUUAUUUGCUGAUGAAGUCUAAUGGACGCGGGAAUCGAUUCUUUCUCUUUCAUUUUAAUUAUUUAUAAGCUAUCGCUUAAUAUAAGCUCUAUGUAGUUCACUCGACAUUGUUAUUAGUCGGGUCCACAUAGGACGAAUCGCCUCGCGAGGAAAUUGCCGCGUGAAGCAGCUCGGUCGGCGAAGACUUGCCUCGGCCUCAUUGCCCAGGCGAGGCACGUCUCCACCGACCGAAAUGCUCGUUCUGUGUGGACCUAUUGGUUAAUUUGAAUGCUAAUUCAUUUUGGUUCUUUUAUUGAUAAUUUAAAAUUUUAAUUACCUGACAUUAGAUCGAUAAAAGAAUCAAAAUCUUCAUUACAAUAUUGAUCCUUAUAAUAAUAUAUUUUAAUAGAAUUACUUUCGAUUAAAUUACGCGAUGUUAUGUAUUUCGAAAGCUGUCAAUUAAAAUAGAUAACAUAUCAGUCAUUUCAUAAGUUUGCUGAGCCGAGCUGGCUAAAAAUUUGGUCCUGAUCUGAAUAUUUACUAGGUGCUGGUCGGAACACUAUGCCUUAUGUAGCUUUCCUUUCGCUUCAUGUUUCUUUUCAUAUAUGAUGUAAGUUUAAGCAUUGGCGUAGUUAUGUUGGUUAGGGUUUUUUUUUAUGUAUUGAGUACAUUCGGUCCCUAAUAUUACACACGAAACUUCACCUAAUAUUAUUACAGACUUAAUUAGGGUAUUACCAUCCAUUUAGCUAUAUAUACUAAAUAGAAAGGUAGCUAAAUUUUACGUGAGGUGCGCGCACAAUGCCUCCCUAUUUACUGGACCGUAUAUUAGAACAGAUUUUCUAUAUAAGUACGCCAAUGAGUAGGUAAGUAAUAUAAUUAUAUGUCGCUCACUCUAGCUUAUUGUCUGUAAAUAAACGGCAUCACAAGUCUCUUUCGACACGAUGGGCGCAAGUCGUUGACUUGUUUUGUUACUGAAUUUACUGUUUUGGAAUAAAAUUGUUACAAAAGUAAUUGUAAGUAGGAUAAGUUAAGUAUUCAGAUUAAAUUUUCAUUAUUUUCAGUUCAGUCACUCACAGCACAACGUAAUAUGUGUUACAUUUAAUAAUAAGUUUGACAUUUUUAUUUGGAUACUAACUGCUGUUUUAAUUUCUAGCGUUAUUUUAUGGAUUGAUUUUUAUUUUUUAAUAAAUAAUUUAAGUAUGAA